AAAAAGCAAGAAGAAAUAGAACAGAAACAGCAAGUGGAAGAGGAAAUAUCAAAAACUCAGGUAGAAGAAGUAAAGCAAAUAGUAGAAAAGCAAGAACAACAGCAUCAGGUUACAGCCGUCGCUCAGCAGCAGUCUAAAAUAGAACAGAAACAGGUUACAAGUGUUACUCAGCAAGUUCAGCAAGCUGUUGUUCAGCAAGCUGAAAAGCUAGAAGUUAAAGUAGAACAACAAAGAAGGGUUUCAUUUAGUUUGCAACAGGAAACUGAAAGUCACGAGACAGCAGUAAUGCAAGUACAACAAAUACAGCAAAUGCAAAUGCAAAAACAAGAAACAAGCGCAACAAGUGUUGUGCAGACUAAAGAAGUACAAAAGAAAAAGUCAAUCGUAAAGAAACAGGAAGCCCAAAUCGAACAGAAAGUUGCUGUUGUUGCAUCAAAACAACAGGAAUCUACGACGGUUAGUGAGCUUUCCGUCACUGUUUCCAAAACCUCUGCUGCUAAUACUAAUAGUAAACAAUCAUUGGCAUCUGAAUUAACAAUUUACGAAUUGCCAAAGCUUAAACCAUUACAAACAAAACGAAAACUAUCACGUGAUUUAGAUAGUCAAGAACGUAAGAUUAUAUUCGAUGUACAGUUAAAGCCAACACAACAAGUCCAAAGAGACGAGGUUCGAUAUAUGUCCCCAUGCAAUAUUUUAUACUUUAUUAUUUCUCUUAUUGCUAAACUCUAUAAAGUCUGUCUUUCACUUCUCUCGGCUCGUCUCGACUUUUAUCAUUCAUAG